UGUUACUCUCUGCGGAUGUAGUAACAAUGCUUUGCAGGAAUUGUACAAUACUAUAUGCUUUAUACCCCAUGUACUAUACAAGGCCAGCAUUGCCGGAAUCUAGGGGAGAGUAUUGCAGAAUCGCCCAUUAUUUACUGCAGCUCUGGCUUUCCACUGCAACAGUAAAAUGAGAUUUAUCAGCAAUAAAUGGACUCUUUAUGCCCAUCAUUUGGGGCAGAAUAAAAGCAAUAUAUUUCUAAUAUCACAAUGAACAGUGUCUACAGUGUCUACACACUUGUGUGCUCAAUGGUCGCCGUGUUAAAUGUGAAGGAAUUCGAUAUCCAGAAUAAGGAGGGGGGUUAUUUAGUACCAGGACCUAAUGCAAACAAAACGAUGGCACUGGAAGUUGUCCCAGGGCAUCCUCCUCAAGGGGUUGUCUUCUACCUCUCAGAAAACGCAGGAACUUUGCUUUAACUUUUUGAUUUUUUUUUAUUACAGUUGAAAUCCAAACCUUACAGUUUUUGUUUAAUGAACGACACGUUUAUGAACAAUCCAAUGAGCCUCGUAAAUUUUUUAUUGAAGGACAUAAAAACAUCCAAGCCUGAGCAGACGAAUACAGACAUCCACUGAAUGAUGGGAGUAGCUUAGCACUUUUUAUUCUGUCUCUACUAUGAGCCCUUUUCUUUUCUACAAACCCCCUUUUGCUUCCAACUGCCUUGGAUUUCAAUGCCCUGCUGAUCUGUCAGGAAAUAUACCAACUGGUCCCCAGGGCACCUACAACACCCAUCAGCCAGUGACAUGGCAAAUAAUAAAAAUAAUAAAAAUCAAACCCAGUUUAUUUACAAGCAGCAUAAAUAGCAGGAAGCUUCUCAACGAAAUGCAGAAAUCCUAAUGUAUUUGUAAUGAAAAGCUAUGUCCUGGGCUGUACUAUAUAUCCAUUCUAGUCUGCUGGCAGCAUUACAGAGAGGAGACAGAGAUGGAUUGCGUCAAGAAAUAGUCCCUUUGCCUGCUUCCCAUGCCCCCAGCUCUCUCAUCUCCCCAACUUUUCUCCACCAUCACCCCAAAAUGUGCAGCAGGGCAGCAGAUCCUCCUCAGGUCCAGCAGCUCCAGAGCUUUGAUUCUCCCAUUAUUUCAUCCCUUUGAUGAGAACCAGGCUCUUCAGCUUCCAUACAGGGAUACAGGCAAUGGGACCUGCGCAUUGAUCUACACUGUAUUUUUUUUUUUUUUUUUUUGGGUAAAUACAAUCACGUGGGAGGGGAUAGCCAAUGACAAGCCUGAAAGGCUGAAAAAAUAAUUACCUGCCCUGAUUGUUCUAUGAGCAGAUAAAAAGUACACAUACAGUUCAUACAAUAAUCUUAUGAAUGUAAAAGAAGGGGGAACAAUGUCUGCGUCUGGUCCUAUCAGCAACUAUUAUGUGGACUCUCUGAUCAGCCAUGAGAGUGAAGACCUCCUGGGUUCCAGGUUCCCCACCACUGGGGCUCAUCCAGCAGCAGCACGACCGUCAGGAUUAGUCCCGGACUGUGGAGAUUUUCCUUCCUGCAGUUUUGCCCCGAAACCUGCAGUGUUCACCACCUCCUGGGGUCCUGUGCACUCCCAGUCCUCUGUGGUCUAUCACCCCUACACCCACCACCAGCCACACUUGGGCACAGAUGCCAGAUAUAUGCGCACUUGGCUAGAGCCCAUCUCAGGGACCGUGUCAUUCCCAGGGUUUGCAGCCAGCAGCAGGCACUACGGACUCAAGCCUGAUGCCUUCCCCAGCAGGAGGGAAUGUGGCCCCGGCGAUGGUCGCAGCUUCCCGGAUUACAUGUAUGGUUCUCCCGGAGAUCUGAGGGACAGGCCACCUCUCCACACCAUCCCCUCCCCGGAAUCCGAGGCCAUCCUUUCCAGCAAACACAAAGAGGACAAGUCUGAAUUGGACCCCAAUAACCCAGUGGCAAAUUGGAUCCAUGCACGUUCCACAAGAAAGAAAAGAUGUCCCUACACAAAAUAUCAGACUUUGGAACUGGAAAAGGAAUUUUUAUUUAAUAUGUACCUAACCAGGGACCGGCGCUAUGAAGUGGCCAGGGUUCUAAAUCUCACUGAAAGGCAAGUCAAAAUUUGGUUUCAGAACAGAAGAAUGAAAAUGAAGAAAAUGAACAAGGAAAAAACCGACAAGGACCAGCCCUAGAGAUCCUCACCCCCAUCCUCCUACUACUUUCACAUCAUAACUACCCCCAUAAGAGAUAUGUGAAGAAAACAUUUUGUUGUGGGCUCAAACAUUAUCAGUAAUAAUAAUAAUAAUUAAUGACUAUGAAUGUGGAGAUCUGUGUUUAGCGUAGAUUAUAAACACACAGGCAUUUUAGAAGCACACGCUUUUAUAAAAUGCGGUUACAAAUGUUCCUCUUCUCUGUCUUCAAGGAAAGAAAAAAAUAGAAGAAAAAAAAACAAGAAAGUACUUGAAUAUUUUUUUUAGUAUUUUAUUUUGUAACUUAUACUUAUCCAGUGUUAAUUUUUAUUUGAAGAAGUUUGUGAGUGCAUAUUUUGUAUAAUUCAAAUCUGAAAAUUACCAGUAUGUUUUGUUAUAGUAUUGAAAGUAUCUUGGAUGUAUAUAUUUAUGUAUUUUAUUCUUGUCACAAAAAAUAACGUUCAGUAUUGUUCUGUUCUGCCUGUAGAUCAGCUCUAUGUAA